GGUAAUACAGGCCAGGGUGAUCGGCUUCAUGUUUGCAAGGCAAAUGUCCAUGUUUUGAUAAAGCAUAGAAAUGGAAAUUUACUGGAUGGCAGAGGAUGCUGCAAAUGACUCUUUCUGCAUUUGUACGUUCCUGUUAAUCAGAUCCAAAAGACAAAAUCCAUCAUGGGGUGGAAAAGGCUGUUGUGCCCGGCCAUGAUAGCUUUCAUGAUAUUGUGCAGAUGCAGUAACAAUGCUGAUGAGAAGUGUGUGUAUAACAAGUACCCGACUGACACCUGGCCAUACUGUCUUUAUAAUGUAACCCUGAACAGUUGUAAAUCUAACAAGAUGGUUGUGAUAGUUGGUGAAAACUACACUGGAAUACUGAAGAGAACUCCAUGCUCACAACUAUCACAGUGCCAGAGUUUGCCCAGUGAGUAUGCAGAUCUCGCUGUUCUGUCAUUUCAGCACAAUGGAAACUUAAGUAAAGCUGAUUUUUGGGUGUGGCAAGAUGGUGAGUCAUACCGUGUAUACCUGCAGAAGACUUUGUUGACCUCACUGAAUCUUUCACUGAUUCUUUUACCAGGAAAUGGGUCCUAUAAUAUAACCUUAAACACUGUAGAAAUAUGUACCUCCGCAAAGUUUGUUGCAGAUAUUUGCAAAGAUGAAGACAAAAGAUUUGUUAUUAACAUCACAGUACAAAGCACUACACACUCCCCAUAUAUUACAUGUGCAAAAUGUCAAACUGUAGAAUAUCCCCAAAUGAACUUUACGUUUCCUGAAGCGGGAAACGGGACAUCAGGAAUAAGUGCAGCUGUUGCUGUGCAGGUUAUGAAAAACCUCACGCAACUGUUGACCAUGAUGGGAAGUAAAUCAUCUGCAGCUAUCACAAUAGGAGAAGCCAAAGGCAUCCUGGUGAAACCAGAAGAUAAGAACACUCUUCCAGGAACUUCCUUUGUAAUCUCUGAUUCCGUAUUGAUGUCUGAUAAUGAAGAAAUAAUGCAAAAAAGCCCAAGAAGCGUUUCUGUCCCUCAAGAAGCUAUAAACAAAGCAAUAUCGGUAAACCAAAACAGGACAUUUCUGGGAGUAUUUCUGUUUCCAAAUAUGACUAAGGAUGCAAAAAAUACCAGUGUUUUAAACAAUGAGGUUAUUGCAAUUGAUAUGGGAACUGAGAUUUCUAAUCUCACAACUGACAUAAACAUUACUUACAGAAACGUCAAAAAGGAUGGUUUCACGGUGAUUUGCAGUUCAUGGAACGGUGAAGGUCAGUACCCCAACUGGACGAGACAGGGAUGCAACACUUUGGAAGACAAUAACACUAUCACAUGCCUGUGUAGCCACCUGACCUUCUUUGCCAUUCUCAUGGUUGAUCCUAACGUGAACAUCAGUAGGACCAAUCUGGAGACUCUCACCUACAUCUCCUACAUUGGUUGCGGCUUGUCGAUGUUCUUUCUGGGUAUUGCUCUGUUCACACACUUCAUUUUAAGGAAAGCUAAGUCCAAUUCAGCUUCCAAAAUCCUCAUAAACCUUUUUGUCGCCAUGUUUCUGCUGGACCUCACCUUCCUUUCCAAUGAAUGGAUCACCUCUUUAGGCAAUCUCACAGGCUGUAAGAUCAUGGGGGCAUUCAUGCACUACUCAUUGCUCUCUACCUUCAACUGGUUUGCCAUUGAAGCCUUACACCUCUGCUUGCACCUCGUCGGUGCUUUGAAAUUGGACAUCAGUCAUUAUGUGCUCAAAAUGUGCUUUGUUGGGUGGGCACUUCCUGCUUUGGUCGUCAUAAUCCUCUUGUGCCUUGGAAAGUAUGGACAACAGACUGCCAGCUUUGGUCAAAGUAGUAACGUAACAAUGUGCUGGAUAACGGACAUCUUAGUCCAUUACAUUGUGAAUAUUGGCUAUUAUGCGUUAGUGUUUCUGUUCACCUUCACCAUCUUCAUCAUCAUUGUGAGAAGGCUUGUGUAUUUCAUGGGCAAAAAUGCAGGCACUUCCAAGGCAGGCUCAGGAAGAGCUGAUAUAUUUACUAUAAUGGGACUAUGCUGCCUGCUGGGAAUCACCUGGGGCUUUGCCUUCCUCAGCUACGGGCCCCUCACGAUACCAGCGCUCUACAUAUUCACCAUCCUGAACUCAUUUCAAGGCUUCUUUCUCUUCAUCUACUACAUCAAAUCAAGCAAAGCGAUUGAAGGAGAGGAAAGUGAAAGCUGUUCAAGCAAACAAUCAGCCACACUCCACAGCAUGGUAGAACAGAACAACCCCUAUGGAGAGCAAGGCCGAGGACCCAAACACGAGUGACUGAGUUGGGGGGGGGGGGUUACCGGUCUCAUUACUCAUUUAGUCAUUUCAUUAUACUGUUACAUCUACAUCUUUAAAUACACAGGUAUUUAUUUCAUGGCUUUAACUCAGUUCAGAAUUUGUUUGAUUGUACAUUCCUCUUGCAUGAAUCAGGGGGAAAAAUCUACACAUGCGAGAUUAAAGAUUAGUGAACCUCUAAGGCCACCAUUAUAAAUUGCCCUAUUGGCACUCCCAACAAUCCCAAGAUAUAUAUAAAUACACACACUGCAGGACUUUAUAGUGUGACCGUCUUACUUGCAUAUAUGAGUGCUUACGUGAAAAAAGAUUUAGGUGCACUGGUGCGAGUGACUUCUAACAUCGCCUAAGAAAAUAAGCUGAAACCUCACAUGGCGUUCUCAAUGACAGAGCCACACUUCACACACCGCCAUAUUUACAUAUGUUUACAUGCUAGUUGCAUUUCACGCUACGAUUGGCUGCUUCAGAACCUGCUAUCCUUCAUUCUCCCAGUAUGCACAGAUUAAAAGUUUUAGCAGAUUUAAAAGUGUGAAAUAGGCAUGGGCGAUAUGACCUAAAAUUAUCACGGUAUUUUUCACGUUUUGGACGGUGACGGUAUCUUUUAUACUGCAUAUUACUUUUCCCCCAGUUUUAGGAGAAGUAGCAUGUCCCGUCCCUUUAUGUAAAUUAAAAGUAUAUAUAUUUUAUAAUAUAUUAAGUAUACACUUGAAUCGCUGUUAUAGAUGGGUAUGGGUGGUCUUAUUUCUAAAAGAUAUAAAAAGUGACAGAUAAUGCUUUUCUCAUAUUCAUAUAACUGUCUGAAUAAGAACGCAGAAUAACAAGUUGCUUCAGCCGAAAACUAUGCAUUUUGCAGUUGAUUUCACAUAAAACGCAGAGUUGCUAACUUUCGUCAGCUGGCUAGAGAGAUUUUCAAUUCCAGGCAAAUCCGCACACACACACGCUUGUAACAGUUUUAUUACCUUGUAAAUAAUCUGUAAGGUUUGCAAACAUUACCAACGCUUUUGAUGUCGCUAAUUUAAGUUUAUAAUGCAAUGAUAUAAAUGUGCUGUAAGAUUUCUGAGCUAUGAAAGCGUGAAUGU